GCUGUUGGGCUCCCCGUUUUCACCUCUGCCUGCUGUGAAAAAUCUCGCCUUUUGGUUUUGAGCAGCUGGAAAAAGGUGAAGACGGCAGAAGGUGGGCGACGCCAUCCCCUUCUCCUCCAUGCUCCGAUUAUUUUAUCGGAGGGUUGGAGCUUUUUGGAUUAUCUUUUGCGGGGCGGAUGAGGAGAGAGUCAACCGACCUCUUUCCACUGAUUUCUUUCUCUCUCUCUCUCUCUCUCUCUCUCUCUCUCUCUCUCUUCAGUCAUUGUGGAUUUCCUUUUGCUUUGAUCUGUGAGGCCUCGUAGUGUCCACAUGUGAGCGGGAGGUCUGGUUUUAUCUUCCACAUCCAUCUCCAUCGAGACCAGCUCGCACCAGUCCCUAAGCCUCCUAAAGCUUUGAUCUUUGGGCGUUUUGGAGGAGGGAACUGCAUGCCUCGGAGCCGAGAGCUGGCUACUGUUCUGGUCUUGUUUUCUUGUUCUUCUCUCGAUUUGGCUUUCGGUGAGGAGCUCCGAGGGUGCAGAGAAAAGAGAGGGAGAGGGAGAGGGAGAGGGAGAGAGAACGAGGCGCUAGCUUUCCGCUUGGCUUCCUUCUCUUUUCUUUCUGCCCUUCAGCACUGGGAUCGGGAUCUAAAGGCAUUUGUUCAUAGCCAAACUCGAUCAUCUAUGUUUUUGCCUCCGCUGGUCUCUCCUUCAGAUCUUUUCCUCCGUCUUCUCCUUGAGUUUUCUUCCCUCUCUCCCCUUUUUCGUUGAACUGAUCGUGUCGUGUUGUAUGCCCUCGGGAAACUGAGAAAUUUGAGUGGGAAAAGGAGAGCAGUCAUUAGAUCUACUGCUGCCAUCGCUAGUCCCUGCAGAAAAAGGAGCCGCUUUGAAGCAGCAGCCGCGAGUCCGAAGAGCUUAGGUUAAAGAAUAUAAGAGACCCGAUCUUUUAAUGAGUUUUAGAGGAUUGUUCGACGGCGGCUCCGGCGGCGGGGAUCGUGUGGUGGCCGAUGCGCCGUACCGCAGCUCCAUAGCCAUGUCGGCCGGCUCCAUCUCUCAGCCGUUCCUAACCUCGCCGUCUCUUCCCAAUCCGGUGUUCAGUUCCCCUGGCCUCUCCCUCGCCCUGCAGACGAACAUGGAAGGCCAGGGCGACACCGCCGUCGCAGGAAAAGGUGGAAGAGGCGAGCCGGAUUCCUUGCGGCGGAGCAAGGAAGAUGAGAACGAGAGCAGAUCAGGAGGGAGUGAUAACCUGGAAGUAAUAUCCGGUGACGAUUUUGAGCAGGAGAACCCUCGCAAGAAGAAGCGAUACCAUCGCCACACCCCUCAGCAAAUCCAAGAACUCGAGGCGCUCUUCAAGGAAUGCCCUCAUCCCGAUGAGAAGCAAAGGCUGGAACUCAGCAAGAGGUUAUCCUUGGAGGCCCGCCAGGUCAAGUUCUGGUUUCAGAACCGGCGAACUCAGAUGAAGACUCAAAUAGAACGCCACGAAAACACGAUCCUUAGGCAGGAGAAUGAUAAGCUUCACGCCGAGAACUUGUCGAUCAGGGAGGCGAUGAGGAAUCCCAUCUGCAGCAGCUGCUGUGGGCCGGCGGUGCUGGGGGACGUCUCGCUCGAAGAACAGCACCUGCGCAUCGAGAACGCCCGUCUGAAGGAUGAGCUCGAUCGAGUUUGCUCUCUCAUCGGCAAGUUCUUGGGCAAGCCUAUUUCAGUAUUAGCUGGUCCGGUCCCUGUCUCGAUCUCGAACUCCUCGUUGGAGCUGGCGGUCGGGACGAAUGCUUUUGGCGGUCUGGGCUCGGUGGUUACGACAACAUUGCCUCCGGUAGCUGAUUUCGCUGCUGGGUUGUCAAGCCCGCUCGGUACUGUCGUUACUCCUGCUAGGAACGCUGGCACAGGAGCCAUCGGUGGUGGAGCGGAUAAGUCGCAGGAGAGAUUUGUACUCUUGGAACUUGCACUCACUGCAAUGGAUGAGCUGCUGAAGAUGGCUCAGAUGGGGGAGCCUCUUUGGAUCCCCGGCGUGGAUGGAAGCAAGGAGACACUGAACUAUGACGAGUACGAUCGCAGUGUCCCUUGCUGCAUCGGCGCCAAGCCCAUUGGAUUUAUCUCGGAGGCGACGAGGGCUACCGGCGCGGUGAUCAUCAAUAGCUUGGCACUGGUGGAGACCCUCAUGGAUGCCAAUAGGUGGGCAGAUAUGUUCCCUUCGAUCGUUGCAAGAUCCACCACCACGGGUGUGAUUUCCGGUGGCAUGGGUGGGAGUAAGAAUGGAUCACUCCAGCUCAUGCAAGCGGAGCUUCAAGUUCUGUCACCGCUGGUUCCAGUCCGACAUGUUCAGUUCCUUCGGUUCUGCAAGCAGCUCGCUGACGCGGUUUGGGCGGUGGUCGAUGCCUCCAUCGAUGGAAUUAGAGACAGCCCUUCGGCGCAACAGACCAAUUGCCGUCGGUUGCCUUCGGGCUGCGUGGUGCAAGACUUGCCCAAUGGUUAUUCGAAGGUCACAUGGGUGGAGCACGCGGAAUACGACGAGGCUACGGUGCACCCGCUGUACCGCCCGCUGCUGCGCUCCGGCAUGGCGCUCGGCGCCCACCGGUGGGUCGCGGCGCUCCAGCGCCAGUGCCACUCCCUGGCCGUCCUCGUCUCCUCCUCCCUCCCCCCCGGCGACAACACUCCGAUCACCCCGAGCGGGAGGAGGAGCAUGCUGAAGCUGGCGCAGCGCAUGACCGACAACUUCUGCGCCGGAGUGUGCGCGUCGUCGGCCCACCAGUGGAACAAGCUCCGCGGCGGCGUCGACAUCGGCGAGGACGUGAGGGUGAUGACGAGGCAGAGCGUGGCCAACCCCGGGGAGCCACCGGGCGUGGUGCUGAGCGCCGCCACCUCGGUGUGGCUCCCCGUCGCGCCGCAGCGGCUCUUCGACUUCCUCCGCAACGAGCGGCUCCGGAGCCAGUGGGACAUCCUCUCCAACGGCGGGCCCAUGCAGGAGAUGGCCCACAUCGCCAAGGGACAGGACACCACCGGCAUUGCCGUCACCCUCCUCCGUGCUAGCGCGGUGAACGCGGACCAGAGCAGCAUGCUGAUACUGCAGGAGACGUGCACGGACGCGUCCGGGUCGCUGGUGGUGUACGCCCCGGUGGACGUGCCGGCCAUGCACCUCGUCAUGAGCGGCGGCGACUCCUCCUACGUCGCGCUCCUCCCGUCCGGCUUCGCCAUCCUCCCCGACGGUCGUAAGGCGGUAGGCUCGCUCCUCACGGUCGCGUUCCAGAUACUGGUGAACAGCCAGCCGACGGCGAAGCUGACGGUGGAGUCGGUGGAGACCGUGAAUAACCUCAUCUCCUGCACCGUCCAGAAGAUCAAGGCCGCCCUCCGCUGCGAAGCUUGAGAAAGGAACCCGUGAUGGCUGUCCUGUGGGCCGAGUCAAGGACGAACCGCGUGGCGAAAAGCGUGGCUAAGUGGCAAGGAAGCAUGGAAGGAAGCACCGGUAAACCCUAACGCCUUCAGGGGAUGUGGGUAAACCUUAAACACGGAGCCACGGUGGUGGUGGUUCGGGUGUUGACUCGGUCUAAUCGACGCAAUUGCUGCGUGUAGUGUUGCAGUCACCCUCGUUUUGGUGGAUAUUUCCUGUCUGACAUGGAAACGAAGCAGGUUUUAGCCUCGUUUGCAGCAUUUUGAGCGUGUAUUUUGUUGGGUAUAUUCCACCAAUUUGUCUGUGAUCUUUAUUUAUAUUAUACUAUUGGGAUACAUAAAUAAAUCUAAUGAUUGAAUGUA